GGCCCAUCGCUCUCUCUCUCUCUCUCUCUCUCUCUUAAUUGUUCUUCUCCCGGACUAGUUCGUUUCUACUAGUUACUUCAUCUCUUCAAUCGCCUCCAACAGAAGACAGGACCACUACCUCUCUCUCAAUAGUUUAUUCAUUUGUGUUAAUUAAAGCGUUCCCACGCUUACUGGUCCAAAUUCCAAUUCCCAAUCAAUCCUUCACUCACUCUCUCUUUCUCUCUCUAGAGACUAUGGAGAGAGACUAUGCAGAAAUAAGCCAAUGGCAAUAACAGAGACUACAGCAACGAUGGUCAUUUCUUUCAUUUCCCUUUCGGUUUCUGUCCUCUAGUAUAUAUCUUCCUGGUUGGCCGAUCCUCAAAUAGAUUUAAGAUUAGGCUUUAGAGCUGUUACAGCUCUGCAGAUAGUAAUGAAGAUCCAGUGCGACGUUUGCAACAGAGAGGAGGCCUCUAUCUUCUGCUCCGCCGACGAAGCUGCUCUCUGUCAUGGCUGCGACCACCGUGUCCACUACGCUAACAAGCUCGCCGGCAAGCACCACCGCUUUCCCCUUCUCCAUCCUUCUUCCAAAGACGCCCCUCGUUGCGACAUCUGCCAGGAGAGACGUGGUUUUCUCUUCUGCCGUGAGGACAGAGCAAUUCUCUGCAGAGACUGCGACCUUCCCAUUCACACGGCCAAUGAAUACACCACCAAGCACCAAAGGUUCAUCCUUACCGGCGUUAAGCUCUCUUCCUUCCCUUCCUCCUCACCCACCACCACUACGGCCUGCUUAUCGUCGAAUGGGAGCUGUGAUGCCACCGCUUCUGCUAAAAUGAAUCCUUCCCAAUCCCAGCUGCCCAUGAAGAAGAAGAAACCCAACUCUGUUUCUGAUCCGGUGCCAUUAAUUGCCCAAAAUAAUACUUCCGAAGUCGUCGAAGAUGUUUCUGAAAGCCAAGGAGGUUCUAUCAGUAGCAUAUCGGAGUACUUGAUCGAGACGUUGCCGGGUUGGCAGGUCGACGAUCUUCUUGACUCCUCUGCUCCUUUUGGUUUCUCUAAGACUGAUUUCCCGCAGCCGUUUCAUCUCGAAAGCAACCUGAGCUUCUCUUCUGAAGAAUUUGGGAUCUGGGUACCUGAAGUUCCCCAAGCCCCUCGUGCUUCCAGCUACAGCAACAUCGGUUUGUACAACGGUUUCAAGGUGUCGAAUCAGACGGGCAAUCUCACUCUCAUGGAUAACAAGAGGAGGAAGGAAGAUGCUUUAACAGUUCCUCAAAUCAGGCCUCCAUAGUCCAUCCUGAUCGAAGCUAUUUUUGGUAAAUUUCAAAUCCCAGUUGAAGUGUCUCUUUUUUUCUCUUUUUCUUUUUUGUCCUCCUGAAUAACCAUCUGUGUGCUCCAAUCAAAUCUGUUUGGGACUUGGGUUUGUUUCGUUACUUUCCUGUGACCUCGCCGAUCGACCUUGUAGAUAUUAAUUCCUCCGACCAAUCGUUUCAUUUUUGUUCAUCUUUGUGAGUCAAUCAUCAUCAGAUGUGAUGGAAAGAAAGAGAUCUUUUGUCUGAACUUAAUCCGACGAGAAAAAACCAA